GACGCGCUCACGCGGAGCCUCACGACCUCGCUCGAGUCCAUUUGUCUUGCCUCGCUCGUCGUCGCCAUCAUUGAGACCUUGCGCAAGGUGCUGCAGCUCGUCGAGGUCCUCAACUACUGGGCAUUUGUGUACGUUGCAGUCUACGGCAUAUCGUUUGUCAUGUCGGUUUGGACCGUGCUGCAGCUCUUUCAGACGCGCGGGUUUACGGUCCUCCUCAACGACAAUCUCCUUGCGUCGGCGCUCGAGUUCACGCGUUGUGGUGCUUUCUUCAUCGGCCUUGCGGUUGCCAUGGUGACGCUUGGUGGGAUCGAGAGCGCGGCUGGGGCCGUGAUCGUGUGCUUUGUUGAGAACCCCGAGGCGUCGCGAGAGUCGCACUUUGGAUCGCUUCUCCACGGCUGGCAGCGCAACCUGGAGGAGUGCAUUUCUUACGAUUAA